AGGAGUGAUCUACGUGGCCAACCAUCAGACCUCCGUCGACAUGGCCCUGGGCUUCUGCCUGCCGAACCGGCCCCAUCUGGUGGGCGUCGGCAAGACGUCGCUCCUCGUGCUUCCGGGCGCGGGCUUUCUGUUCUGGUUGCAAGGCGCAGUCUUUGUAUCGCGCGGCAAGCACGGACAGCUGGCUAUGCUCGUGGAGAAGGGCACCAAGGCCCUGAAGCGGGGCAUGAGCGUUGCGGUCUUCCCGCAGGGUACUCGCAAGGUCGCCACCGCUGGCAAGCCCUUGCUUCCCUUCAAGAUCGGGGCGUUCAAGCUGGCAGUAGAGAGCAAGGCGAGGAUCGUGCCCUUGACGUUUGUGUUCCCGACGGACUUCAUGGACAGCAGGCCCAAGAAACCCGGGAUGAGAUUCAUCAUCCACCCUCCCAUCGAGCCGGGGCAGGACCCCGACGCGCUGAUGCGGCAGGUGGAGGGCAUAGUGCUCGGGCCCCUGCAGGAAGCCACCGGGGCCCUGCCGCCCGACCCGCAGGC